AUGAUUCACAACCACUCUUCUCUUGUGUUGGUGUUCCUCCUAUUCGUUGCAUCCUCGUACGCAAUCCCAGUUGAGAAAGAGAAAGAAAUUUGCAAGCAAACCAAAAACCCUUCAUUUUGUUUCUCUCUUCUCAACUCACAACCCAAUGCAGACCUUGCUGGUCUAAUCCAAUUCACCAUCAAAACAACACGUGCCAAUGUCACCAACACAAUCAAUUUAACCAAAACUUUGAUUGCCAAAAGUGCUAGUGAUCCUAACGCAACAAAGCACUACAAAUCUUGCUUGGAUCACUUCAAUGAUGCCCUUGACAACGUUGACUACACUUUGGAGUUGUUCAAGAAAGGAGAUUAUGGAGGUGUGGGUGUGGCCAUGUCUGCAGUGGGAACUGAUGUUGAUGAUUGUCUUUCAGGAGAGUCUCCAUCUGAUCCUCCUUAUAAUGACCCCUCCCAGCUUCCUCAGUAUGGUGCAGUUGUUGAGUUGCUUGCUAUUAUUACCAUUAUUAUAUCCAAGUCAUUGUUUCAUUAG